AGAGGAGGCCAGCGAGUGAGACCGAGGGGUGGCCGGGGCAGGUGGUCGCGCCGCGAAGAUGGUCGCCAAGCAGCGGAUCCGUAUGGCCAACGAGAAGCACAGCAAGAACAUCACCCAGCGCGGCAACGUCGCCAAGACUUCGAGAAAUGCUCCCGAAGAGAAGGCGUCUGUAGGACCCUGGUUAUUGGCUCUCUUCAUUUUUGUUGUUUGUGGUUCUGCAAUUUUCCAGAUUAUUCAAAGUAUCAGGAUGGGCAUGUGAAGUGACUGACCUUAAGAUGUUUCCAUUCUCCUGUGAAUUUUAACUUGAACUCAUUCCUGAUGUUUGAUACCCUGGUUAAAAACAACUCAGUAAAGCAUCCUGCCUCAGAAUGACUUUUCAUAUCAUCCUUCAUGUGUCAUUCCAAGGUUUCUUCACAAGUCAUUCCAAGUUUUCUAGUCCAUACCACAGUGCCUUGCAAAAGCACCACACGAAUAAAGCAAUAAAAUUUGAUUGUUAAGCUACAGUAGUGGGCCCUACUUAUUCAGUCAGUAAAGAGUAAGUCUUUAAAAUGUGGUUAUUAGAGAACAAUAUAGAUAAUUAGACUAAAUCUGUGUAGACAAGGCCUAGAUUUUAUUAACCCUAAUGUGUAGAUGCAAUUAGCUUAAUUUAAAAUUUGGAAUCUUACAGUUUUUAUAUAGCUAGGCACUUUAUUACUAUCUCUUGAAUUGAAAGCACACUCCCGUAUAGGGUCAUGUAACUGUCCUGUAAUAAGGUGCUUAUAAAUGGAACAACUACACAGUUUAGCCUAGUUUUCCCACAAUCUUUAGCACCUAAAAUGUUUUAAAAAGCUUCUAAAUGCCUAUAUAAAGGGAGAUGCUUAUAGCCACAACGUCUGUUUUAACAAUAUUAUUUCUAUUACACUACCUUGGAUUUUGCAUGAGCGAAUAUACUAACCUAAGAUGCUAUAAGAAAACUUGGUUGAGCAUUUUGUAACUUAGUCACUUCAGUUUCACUAAAAGCAACCAUGGUGGAGUAAAGUCAGGGAAAGUUCGUUUAUGUCACCGUUGGUUUCACCAGAAUUACUUUAAUAUAUCAAAGGGGUCUAUUAUGCCGGACAACAUUUUAGGGAAAAAUACUACUAAAAACGGAUGCCUCACCUGGAUAUACUGUUGAGUCCAACGUGCCAUAACACAUCUUACCAGGUUAAUAGCACUUUUAACACCAAAAAAAGGCACAUCAACUAAAAAGUUACACUUAGUUUGGAAAUGCUCUUUCUUGAUCUAUGAUUAAAAUUUUGUUAGGGUACUAGAUACAUAAAAGUGUCAUGUGAAAUUAAAUGGAUUUACUGAUAAGGGUCAGUCUUUAGUCUUCUGUAUGAUUUUAUAGGUUAUGAUUGAUCAGACUUCUUUUUACUAAUGGUAAGGGUGAGUGAUAAGGCAGGUUUUUUUUUGUUUUGUUUUGUUUUUUGACUUUCUGGUACUGUUGAAAGUUGUAAGUAUUGGCUAUUUAAAUACUCAGCCAUAACUUGAAAAAAGCCUGAGAGGUGUCUAUGUGUUAAUGAAUUGGAAAGAAAGCUGCUUGCUUUGUUAAUUGCCUCAGGAUAUCUCUUUAAAAUAAGCUGUUUUAAGAGAAACAGAUGGGAAAUCUGCUACCUAGUCUAUACACAGCGUGAACCUCAGAGCUUCUGAUACCCCUAAGUAUGGGAGGAAGUGAGUGAGAGGAGUGGUUAAGGACGUUUCGGAACUUGACUGCUCGGGAAUAGGAAUCAGCUGACCUUGGCCAGUAGGUUUUUAUCUGCAUUGUCACCUGCCUUUCUCACCCAGGAAAUCAAUACCUGCACUUGUUUCCCUCUUCAAAACAAGUGUCUUGGUUAACUAAUUUUAUUUUAUUGUAACUUUAAAAGUGAAAGUUACUGUUCUAAAUUCAUAGCAGGUGCCUUAUUCUUUGCUUUGAGUCAAAUCAUUCCAUGUCAGAAUUUCCCUUGAUUUACUUAGAUAAUUGGCUUUAAGGUGUGGGUUUUUUUUUUCUUUUUAAAUGUACAGUGUUUUAAUUUGACUGUUAAAUUGUUAUAGUGAGCAAUCAUUUUACAGAUGUAAAGUUGCAUUCCCUUUGUAUUCUUGUGUAAUUACCAAUUGAGUGCAUUUUCUAUUAAGGAUGGAUUAUGCAUGUUUGGGUCAAUGAAAGCUAUGUCUUAUUUGAUUUAUCCUUUAAAAAUAAAGUUCCCUGAAUAUUUGAUGCCUUCUAAAAGAAAAUGACUUUAUAGGGUUCUUAUCUGAGUAUACUUUUUUUUAUAGUUAAUAGAAAAUGAUUUUAAAGAACGCCUGGUAUUAUGUUGUACUUGAGUUAAAAUAGUACCCAGAGGCACAGAUGUAAGGUUUAUAACUAGGAUUAGGUAGCAAGAAAAAUACAUAAAAGCACAAUGAAUUAAAUACUUCCCCGUCUAGGAUUUAUCCUCAUCUCAUUGUUUGAAUCUGGUUCAAGGAAAAAGCACAGUUUUUUAAAUCUCCUUUUCCCAAUUGAAUUUUAUAUAUCAUCUAAUGUUGAAUACAGUGUGAGAAUAAAUAUUUUUUGUUGGGGUUGUCUACAUUAUCCAAUUACUCUUUGUACUUUAGCUAUAAUGGGUUGAAGGAAUUGUUAAUGAUUUCAUUGUAUCUAUUGGGUUGUAUAUAAUGUUGCUCAGAAUAAUUGAGUGGGCUUCCAAAAUAAGUGAAGAUUUUCAUUGUAAAAGGAUGCAUUGUAAUGGGCUUUGAUUUACAUUAAAGAAACAUAUAUAUUCA